UCUGCUUUUAAAUUGUUCACAGAGAGAGAAAGUGAAGCAAAAAAAAAAGAAGAGAUAAUGGGAGAUAAUAAGAAAUUGAUUUCAUCUUCUUCUUCUUCUACUAAUACCUCGAUUUACGAUACUCGUGGUAAUAGUAAUAACCAUCAUCAUCAUCCUCCGUCAUCUUCCGACGAGAUUUCUCAGUUUCUCCGGCAUAUUUUCGACCGUUCUUCUCCGUUACCUUCUUACUACUCUCCGGCCAUGACCACGACGGCUUCCACGGCGGCGAUAGGGGUUCAAGGAGACCCGCAUGCAGACAACCCGAGAAGCUUCGUUUCUACUACACCGGCGUCGAAGCGCGCCGUUGAUUUCUCCGACGUUUUGAUCGGCUCCGCCACCACCGCCGCCGCCGGGUGUUAUGGUUUCUCCGGGGGUGGUAACAACAUUGCUCAAGGGAGCAGCUCGGGGACUCGUGUGUCGUCUUCUUCCAUUGGAGCUAGCGGGAACGAGACCGACGAGUAUGACUGCGAAAGCGAGGAAGGAGUAGAAGCUGUGGUGGAUGAUGAGCUUCCCUCCAAGUCUCGUAACUCAUCUAAGAGGUGCAGAGCUGCUGAAGUUCAUAAUUUGUCUGAAAAGAGGAGAAGAAGUAGAAUCAAUGAAAAAAUGAAAGCUUUACAAAGUCUCAUCCCUAAUUCAAAUAAGACGGAUAAGGCUUCGAUGCUUGAUGAAGCCAUAGAGUAUCUGAAACAGCUUCAGCUCCAAGUUCAGAUGUUGACAAUGAGGAAUGGGAUGAACUUGCAUCCUCUAUGCUUACCUGGAACUUCAUUACACCCAUUGCAACUCUCACAGAUCCGACCUCCAGAAACAACCAGUGAUCCUCUGCUCAACCACUCCAACCAAUAUGCUUCGACUUCUAAUGCACCGGAAAUGAUCAACAUGCCUGCUGCAUACACGAUGGAACCUUCCAUCCGCAGUCACUUUGGACCUUUCCCUCACUUUACUCCACAUGUGGAGAUGAGUCGAGAAGGCGGGUUAACUCAUCAGAGGUUGAACACUGGUGGUCAUCCUAACGCAAACCUAACCGGAGAACAUGCUGCGUUUGAUGGACAACAUCCUGAGAUAAAAAGAUAAACUUACUUGAACAUCAUUCUCAGUUUGCGUUCUUGUUUCUUAGGUCGCAAGCAACGAAGCUGCAUGACAAUGAAAAUGCAUUUAGCGGUCUUUAAUAUAUUUAUAUUUCUCUAUCUUUGUUGUUGUUAACAUGAAUUCUAGAGACUAGUUAUUGGACCUACUAGAUAUUAUAUAAGAAAAAGACUUGACUUUUAUUAUGUUCAUGGUGUAAUGUAAAUUUUCUAGAUCAUC